AUGAACGGGCAUUUAGAUGCAUCCAGCCUGAAGGACAGGUCAGUCAUUGUCACAGGAGGGGCUUCUGGCAUCGGCCUCGCAGCCGUCACACGCUUCGCGGAAGGUGGAGCCUAUGUCACCAUCGCAGACGUUCAAGAUGCUCUCGGAAACAAAGCGGCUGCUGAUCUCAACGCCAAGGGCUGUCAUGUCUCCUUCGUCCACUGUGACACAACCGACUGGGAAUCGAGUGUGGCGGCAUUCAAACAUGCUGCUUCCUUUGGGCCAAACAAAUCUCUGGACGUCGCCUUGCUGAAUGCUGGUGUAGGAGGCGACAGAGGUAGCUUGACAGACCAAGUGCUGGCAGCUCCUGAGCCUUCAUUGGAUCCCGACGUUAUCCCAACCCGUCCGAGCCGCAAAGGAGCCGCUGUGAACUUCCUGGGAGUAUAUGACAAUUGCUGGUUGGCGUUGCACUAUAUGCGUCUGCCCUCGCAAGUCGAACCGACAACCAACACACAGCAAAAAUCAAUAAUCCUUACUGCUUCUCUGGCAGCUUAUGCUGACAUGCCAGCCUCUUCUGAUUAUAAUGCUUCAAAGUUUGGCGUCCGAGGCCUUUUCCGAGGGCUCCGACAUACAACUGCUGCGCUCAAUGUCCGUGUCAACCUGCUCGCACCUUACUGGAUCAACACGCCCCUCGUUCAGUCAGCCCUACCCGCGUUGGAGGCAAGAGGGUUGAAGCCAGGUCAAGGAUUGUCGUGGGCUAGCAUCGAUGAUGUGGUCGAUGCCAUAAUUAGAUCCGCUACGGACCCGAGUGUUGGCGGUAAAGCUUGGGCGAUUUGGCCAGAAGGCUACUCCGACAUGGGAGAGGACGAGGCUGGGGGUUGGGCAGGCGAUCAUUUGAGGAAGCACUGGGAAAUCCAGAGACAGAAGGGUGAUAACAUGCCUUUCAAGCCAGGCGCAAGAUUGCCGGCCAGUGAAGCACUUAGCGUGGGCGAAAAGAACCCCGUUCUCGCAGCCCAUAUGCCUGUCAAUGGGGUUCAGCACGAGGAGGAUUUGCUAGAUUCAGACAAUUAUGACCCUAUCGAACACCUCGAUCAGAUAUUCUCACACCCUUCGACCCUCUCGUCGGUCAGCCAGACCUUCGAAAUCCUCCAAGCCUAUCAAGAUGACCUUGACGACGAAAUCGAGGCUCUCGAAGACGAGCAGAUCCAGUCAAACGCAGAAUGUCUGCAGCGAAUGGAAGCCUCAAAAGCCGAGCUGGCGGAGCUGUUCCAGCGCAUCGAGAGUGUCCGGGAGCGGGCACUGCGGACCGAGCGAAACAUCACCGAGAUGACGGCGGAUAUUAAGCAGUUGGACAAUACAAAGAAGAAUCUCACGCUUUCGAUGACAGCGUUGAAGAGACUGCAGAUGUUGACGACCGCCUAUGAACAACUGCGGGCCAUGAGCAAAACGAGACAGUACAGAGAAUGCGCCCAGCUCCUGCAGGCGGUGAUCCAACUCAUGGCUCACUUCAAAUCCUACCGGUCAAUCGACCAGAUCGCGACGUUGAGCAGGAAUGUAGCAGAUAUACAGAGAGAGUUACUGGAACAAGUGUGCGAGGACUUUGAGAUUACCUUCAGCAAGGAAGAGGUGGCUCAGAAACGAGGACUGCUUCACGAGGCGUGUAUGGUAGUCGAUGCUCUCGGCGAUGCCGCCCGGUCACGGUUGACCACCUGGUAUUGUAACACGCAACUUCGUCAGUAUCGGCAUAUAUUCAAGGGGGACCAGGAGGCGGGAUCGCUUGACAAUAUUGACCGGAGGUACGCGUGGUUCAAAAAGACGCUCAAGAUAUACGACGAGGAACAUGCUGCCAUCUUCCCUCCGCACUGGCGGGUCAACGAGAUCCUUGCCAACGUCUUUGCUGAAGGAACACGAGAAGACUACAAGGGCAUCUUGUCUAGGACUACCCGCAACGGUCAGACCAUUGAUGUCCAGCUGUUGUUGUCAUGUUUGCAGCAAACUCUGGACUUCGAGCACGCUCUCGAAAGGAGAUUCAAUCAAACGUCAAGAACCUCCAUCGACACCAUGGCAUCAGCCAGUGACACACCAGUCUUUGGCCAGCCGAUCUCGGACGCGUUUGAACCGUAUCUGAGCUUGUGGGUGGAAGCACAGGAUAAAGAACUCGCGGGUCUGAUACCGCAAUACAGGCAGCGGCCGACCAAACUUGCGGAUGAAGAUUUCUCCUCACAACAUGUUAUUGCCUCGUCGACAGAGCUGUUCAACUUCUACCGACACUCCCUCGCGCAAUGUGCGAAGCUCUCCACGGGACAGCCCCUGCUCGACUUGGCCAAGGUUUUUGGCCGCUAUCUUGACCAAUAUGCGCAACAAGUCCUGCUGUUCUAUAUCUCCGAGAAACCAACAGGCGGCACCCCUUCUCGAAUACCCUCUGUCGAAGAUGUGAUUUUGGUUCUCAACACGGCGGACUACUGUUUCCAGACUUCGAAUUCUCUGGAAGAAAAGAUCAAGAGUCGCAUAGACGAUGCGUUGAAGGAUAAAGUCGAUCUACAGAGCCAAGCAGAUGCCUUCAUGGGCAUAGCGAGUGCGGCAGUCCGAGGUCUGGUCCGUCGUGUGGAAGUCGACUUGGAACCCAGCUGGCGUGAGAUGCGAAACAUGUCCUGGUCAAAGAUUGAAAUUGGAGAACAUCAAAGCCCCUAUAUUACAGGUCUGGAGAAUCGGAUCAAGGACCGUUCCAGUGAGAUCUUGGGCAUGCUUCACAAACAACAGUAUGCGCGGGCAUUCGCAGAUAAUCUGGUCGAGCUGUUGGCGUCAACGUAUGUGGCUAACAUUGCCCAAUGCAAGCCCAUCUCAGAAGGCGGCGCUGAGCAGAUGUUGCUCGACACCCACGCCAUCAGGAACACCCUCACCCAGAUACUUCCGGGUACACCGCCGCCACUUUUCCUCAAACGCGUCACUGCUGCUUUUGGCAAGAUUGAGCCACUAUUAAAAACCCUACAAGUCCGACCAUCACCCCCAGAGGCCCUCGUCCAAGCAUACCUGAUCCACAUCUCCGACCUCUCGGAAGUCAACUUCCGCAAAAUCCUCGAAUUGAAAGGCAUCCGCGCAAAGUCAGAACAAAACCACUUGGUUGAAUUAUUUCAGAUGCACAAGUUCAGCCCACGGUACAAGGACACACUAGUGGAGAAGUCACCUCUGCUUACUCCAUUGAACCUGUCAGCAUCCGGUACGUCCACUGGGACUGCGGUAACACCAGCAGGUGCUCUCCACAACCUUUCGGCAUUGGGUAACUCUGCGGCGGCGUCACUGAGCACGGCAAAUAUCCCAGCGAAUAUGAAAUUCGAUGCUUCUGGACUGGGCAACGCAAUCAUUGACCGAUUCAGCAGCCCCGGUCUAGGCACGCCUCGAGACGGAGCAGUAAGCCCACCGCCAACUGGAACAGGCAUGCACACCACAGGCGAUGGGGGCUUCUCCGGUGCAGAGGCCGGGGCAAAGUUGAAUGAGAACUUGAAAAACAUUGGAAAAUUCUUCAAGAGGGACCUGGGUGGGUUUGGGGGUAUAGGUCGAUUCGGCAGUAGUAAAACCACGAGUCCUGCUCCUCCUGAAGACCGAGCAAACAACCGAUAG